AUGGGAGGCCGGUCCUCAAGCCCCCUGGACAAGCACCAGCAGCAGUACCUGAGGGGUCAAGUGGAUGCUCUGCUGAGGAACUUCCUGCCGUGCUACCGCAAGCAGCUGGCGGCCUCGGUCCUGCGGCAGAUCUCCCACGAGCUAGGCCCCCAUGAGCCCGCUGGGUGCCAGCUGUUACGCAGUAAGGUGAGUGGGCGUGGCUGGAUCCGGACGUGCUGGGUGAGAGGGGCUGGACCUGGGAGUGGCUGGAUGGGCGUGGUCGAAUCGGGGCGUGGCUGGUGCGGGUGGGCGAGGCUGGCGGGAGAAUAUGAAAAUGGGGGCAAGCCCCUUGGCUCCACCACCCUGACGGGGUACACAGUCCUGACCUCACAGCACAAGUAUCUCCGCCUGUUGAAUGGCCUCUGCCCAGAUCCCUCUGGAGACCAUGCACAGGAAGAGCCCCACCCCCUUCUGGACAUGCCCAAGAGCUUCCCCCUCUUCCUGCAACACCCUUUUCGUGGGCAUCUUUGUUUCUUCGCAGUCACCAGGGAAGCGCAGUGCGCCUGGAAACUGGCCCUCCAGGGUGGCAUCCGGCUUCGUGGCACUGUCCUGCAGCGGAGUCCGGCCCCCGCUGCCCGGGCCUUCCUGGACGCAGUGCGGCAGUACCGACAGCUCCAAGGCCACUUUGGCGACGACGAUGUGACUCUGGGCUCGGACGCGGAGGUGCUGACCGCAGUGCUGAUGCAGAAGCUGCUACCCGAGCUGAGCGCCCAGACCCAGCCGGGCCUGCGGGGGGCCGGCCACGCCCGCGCCUGGGCCUGGACCGAGCUUCUGGACGCAGUCCACGCCGCCGUCCUGGCCGGGGUCUCUGCGGAGCUUCGCGCUUUCCAGCCUGAAAAGAACCAGCUGCUGGCCACUCUGGAGAGGGCCAUCCGUCCCGACGUGGACCAGACACUGCGGCUUCGGGCGCGGGUGGCGGGAAGGCUGCUAGCUAAGGUCCAGGGCCCCCUCGAGUCGUGCCUGCGCCGGGAGGUUGGUGUACAGCUGGCUCGGGUCACGCAGACGCUGCAGAGCACCGUGGGGACCUCACUGGCGGCGGUACAGACCCUCCUUGCUCACGGCAUCGAAAAACUGUUUCACCAUCUCCGUGGGAGCCGCUCCGGCGCUCGGCUGAGCAGGGAGGUCUACUCAUUCGGGGAGACACCGUGGGACCCGGAGCUGAUGCAGACAUGCUAUCGCGAGGCUGAGCGGAAUCGGGAGUGCCUGCGGCAGCUGGCUGCACCCUUUGGUUUCCUCGGGACACAGAGCCUAGUGUUUAGGGUCCAGGAUCUCGCCCAGCAGCUCAUGGCUGAUGCCACCGCCACCUUCCUGCAGCUGGCCGACCAGUGUCUGACAGUGGCCCUGGACUGCCGGCAGGCUGUCCAGCAGCUGGAGAAAGUCAGGGGGCGUGUACUUAAGAAGUUCGAGUCCGAUGGCAGAUCGGCACAGAGGCGGUUCCUCCGUGAGUGGCUGGUGCACAUCUUCCUGCCCUUUGUGCUGGGCCAGCUGGAGCCAUGCUGCAAACGGGAGCUGCCUGAGGAUGAGGGGGACAUCCUUGCUGGGUGUGGCCAGGCCCUGACUGUUGAGGGCAUCUACGAGGAUGUUGUCCGAGGGGUCUUGCUUCAAAGGAUUGACCGAGAGUUAAAAAAGGCCCUCGGUGUGAGCGACAUGGCCUGUACUCCAGAUGGCUUCUUAGAUGCCCCAUGGGACCAGGAGGAAGCAGAUGAGGAAACUGAGGCUCAGAGACAAGGAUGGAUUUGCCCCAGGCAGCCAGGCUCCAGCACCGAGGUCCAGCCUGUCUGCCCACUGCCUCCUGAGAGAACAUUCCAGAGCUGA